AUCCAAUCUACAAGAAAAGUCUUUGCUACCUUCUUCUUUCUCAAACCCACUAUCGUCACAAUGAAGUUCUCCAUUACUGCUAUCGCCGGUCUCCUCAGCGCUGUUAGCGCUGCUUCUCUCCCACCUGCCUUCACCCUCGUUGCUGAGGGUGGCCUCACUGUCCUGACUGAUAGAGAAUACCUCUACUUCGGCGGCAACGGCACCGACGCCAACAAGGAAAUCGCCAUCUUCCACGCCACUCCCGACACCGGCGCCGUCUCCUUCACUGCCAAGGACUCGACCCCUACCGGCUGGCAGAACAUGUACAUCAUCGAGAAGGACACGGCUCCCGUCGGUUUCACCCGUCCUCACUCCGGUGCCAUCCCCGAGGGCGCCACCACUAUCGGCUUCGACGUUGACGACAAGGGCCUCUUCGCCCACGGCGGUAACGCUUACUUCGCCGUCGAGGGCUACGGUGACAACCCCGUCAAGACCGUCUACUGGUACGGUCGCCACAGCUCUACCUACCGUGCGGCCAACCUCUACGUUAAGGAGUGCAAGGGCUGCUAAACGGGUCGUCCGCAAUGGUAUCCGUCGUGGACAUCUGCCAGGCCGGGGUCAUCAGGCGGAGUCGUUUUGAUUCGGCGAAUUUAUUGCUGGCGCUAUAUUCGAUUUCUC